AUGUUUGCCAAAUCUCUCAGUCUUGCGGCCAUUACCGCUGCCUUCUUCACUACUCAAGCUGCCGCUGAUGCGUGGGAGAACCAAGGAUGCACUGAGGUUUCCUUCGACACUCUGUUCGCCGUAAAGAACGCAGAGCUCCCAAUCGCCGGUCCCAAGGGGCUCUACGCGACCACUGUCGACGACCAAUGUGUCUACGUGGAUGCCUCUCCUGGAAGUGCUUUUUCAAAAGAGCAGCCUGAAUACUACAACUCCUUAAUUGCUGGCGCCAAGGCAUCCCAGGUGGGCGGUCUCGACUUCCUCUCUCCCAACCCCGCUCGCGGCCUUCAGGAGCGCCAGGCCAGUUGUGGUCAGACUUGCAGGUCUAGUGCGACCUCACCAAAGACUUGCAACUCCUGUUCUUGCAAGUACGACUACACUUUCUGCGGCCAGGGUGGUGCUUGCACCGCUUACUGGAAGUGCAAGUAG